AUGACUUUCCCUGGUCUGAUCAAUGCCAGCUUGCAUGGGAACCGGACGGGACAGGGCAGCGCUAACCGGUCCUGGGGGGAGUGGGGGCUGCCGGGGGAGGACGCGGAGACCAAUGGCACCUCCCUGCCUUUGGCCCUGGAUCGCCAGGCGGUGGGCGUGGGGGUCUUCCUGGCCUUCUUCAUCCUGUCGGCCAUCGUGGGCAACAUCCUGGUCAUCCUCUCGGUGGCCUGCAACCGGCACCUGCAGACGGUCACCAACUACUUCAUCGUCAACCUGGCCAUCGCGGACCUGCUGCUCAGCACCACCGUGCUGCCCUUCUCGGCCACCCUGGAGGUGCUGGGCUCGUGGGCUUUCGGGCGCAUCUUCUGCGACAUCUGGGCGGCGGUGGAUGUCCUGUGCUGCUCCGCCUCCAUCAUGAGCCUGUGCAUCAUCUCGGUGGACAGGUACAUCGGGGUCAAGUACUCCCUGAAGUACCCCACCAUCAUGACCGAGAGGAAGGCGGUGGUCAUCCUGGGGGUGGUCUGGCUCUCCUCCAUGGUCAUCUCCAUCGGGCCCCUGCUGGGGUGGAAGGAGCCGCCGCCCCCGGACGAGAGCAUCUGCAGCAUCACCGAGGAGCCGGGCUAUGCCCUCUUCUCCUCCCUCUUCUCCUUCUACCUGCCCCUCAUGGUCAUCCUGGUGAUGUACUUCAGGAUCUACGUGGUGGCCCGGCGGACCACCAAGAGCCUGGAGGCGGGGGUCAAGAAGGAGCGGGGCAAGUCCAUGGAAGUGGUGCUGCGGAUCCACUGCCGCAGCGUGCUGGAGGACUCGCUGCCCAGCGCCCGGGGCAAAGGGCACAACUUCAGGAGCUCGCUUUCCGUGCGCCUCCUGAAGUUCUCCCGGGAGAAGAAAGCGGCCAAGACCCUGGCCAUCGUCGUGGGGGUUUUCAUUCUCUGCUGGUUCCCUUUCUUCUUCGUCCUGCCUUUCGGUUCCUUCUUCCCUUCCCUGAAGCCCUCCGACAUGGUCUUCAAGAUCAUCUUCUGGCUGGGGUACUUCAAUAGCUGCGUGAACCCCAUCAUCUACCCCUGCUCCAGCAAAGAGUUCAAGAGAGCUUUCAUCAGGCUGCUCAAGUGUCAGUGCCGCCGGCGCCGGCGGCCCAUCUGGAGGGUGUACGACAACCACUGGCGUGCCGCCUCCAUGAGCAGCUCGGGGCGGGAUUCCGACAUGGACAUGGGGCCCAGAAUCGCCACCCUCAACAGCUCUUUCAUAUUGAACUCCACCCCUCAGGAAAGAACCCCUAAGAGGCGAACGCUAAGCUUCAAAGGGUGGAAAAUGGUCACCGCUUUCCAAAAACCAUCCUCCACCCAACUGAAAGAAAAGAUGAACAGCCUCUCCAACAAAAUAAGGGGCUCCAGCAAAGGGGGCGUGACCGCAGCUUAUAAAAUGGAGGUGGAGUCCGUUUCCAUAGGGAUCCCUGACGACUUCAUGGAGGCUAUUGACUACCAAAUGUACGAUUUACCAGACUGCUGCGGGCUCAGAGAAACAGAUAUUUAAAGCCCCGGGACAAUGAUUUGUUUGUUUUUAAAUGUGCAUUACGUGUGGGUAGAGGGGACGAAAACGGGAUGCAAUCGAUAUGUUUGUCAGGCAGGCUGGA